CCUAAGGUUCAUUAUUAUGUUUACAAGCCGCCAUUGGUUCCUAUACUGAGCCCAAUAAUAGAAAAUGUCAUACAAUUUUUCGUCCGAAAAGGACAUUUGUUACGGAUGAACCACUGGCGAGAGAGGCAAAAAUGCAGUUCAUGGACUGAAUUAGGGAGUUCUGUUCAAUGAUAUUGGCGACUAUGAAUCGACGAACAUGGCGGCUACGAUCGAACGAAACACUAUGUACAUACAUACAUGAUGUGUGAUAUUGUAGUCGAAAGGUAACUGUUGGUGUUAUCUGUGGCUGAUAUAAUUCAUAUAUAUUAAAGUGUGCUUUGCUAUGUGGCGGAACCGUGGAGAGUAUGUUAUUCCUUGUCACGAGUUGUAUUAAAGCCAUGACUCAAUAUUCUGAAGCGUAUUGAGAGGAGUUCUACACUGCUGUUAUAAUUAAAUGGUCUUGGCACAGUGAAAACAUGACUGAUAAUCAACUUGAGCCAUGCAUUAAGCUGCCAUUGGAAGAUGGAGUCUUGGCAGAUAUUGUUGAGAAAGCUAAGGACUGGGCACUCAUGCAUGGUGCUUGUAUGAGAUCAAAGCUGAACUUCAGUAAGGACUCCCUGCAGUUUGCUCCAUUUGUUCUGCUGCCAUCAACCUUCCCUCAGAAGGAGUUCAAGAAGGCCGUGGAAAUCCAGAUUAUCCUCAAUGAGCUAGUUCAUAAAGUUGCACAUGAUUAUGAGUUUCUGUCCUCAAGUUUGAAAAGCACAAUAGAAGUUGACAAGUUUACAGGAAGUUUGUUCCAGAUAUAUGAAACAGUGCAUAAAGAAGGAAUAACUCAGCAGACAUUUAGCCUUGGGCUGUUCCGGUCAGACUACCUGGCCCACAGUGCUACCAAUAAUAACAUCAAACAAGUUGAAAUAAACACCAUUGCAUCUGGCUUUGGUGGAAUAUCUACACACAUUCCAAGUCUGCAUAGAUACAUACUUCAGGAACUGGGACAUGGUGAUAAGGUAAAAAAUGUUCCGGUUAACACGGCUUUGGAAGGUUUAUGUGGAGGUAUGCUUGAAGCAUGGAAGCUGUUUGGUGAUCCUAAUGCAGUGAUUUUGUUUGUAGUGGAGAAUAUAACAUACAAUAUUUGUGACCAGCGGUUCCAUGAAUUUGAGAUCAGACGGCAGAAUCCUGCAGUAAUCGUUGUCAGGCGAACCCUUACACAAAUUGCAGACACAGCCAAGCUGGGGAAGAACAUGGAGCUUAUCAUUGAUGGUCUGUCUGUGGCAGUGGUUUACUUUCGUUCUGGCUACGAACCUGCGCAGUAUCCUAGUGACAAUGAAUGGGCAGCUCGUCUGAUGAUAGAACGCUCAUUGGCCAUCAAAUGCCCUUCUAUUCAUUAUCACUUGGCAGGCACCAAAAAAGUACAGCAAGCCCUUGCCACACCAGGUAUUUUGAAAAAGUUCCUUCUUGACCCUGCCAAAGUCGAAGCACUACAGGAGAUAUUUACUGGUCUUUACUCACUUGAUCUGGAUGAGCAUGGGAAUCGUGCAGCUAACAUGGCAAUAAUGAUGCCUGAUGGUUAUGUACUAAAACCACAGAGAGAAGGCGGUGGAAAUAAUGUGUAUGGAGAAAAGAUUCGUGAAGUACUGCAGUCUAUGACUGAUUCUCCUGAACGAACGGCUUGGAUACUUAUGGAACGCAUCGUACCUCCAGUACAGAAGGGGUACAUAAUUCGUCCUGGUGGACCUAAGGUCCCUCAGAUGGUCAACUUGGUGUCAGAAUUGGGCAUAUUUGGAGUCAUCAUAGGGAAUUCAGAUACCGUGAUUGCAAAUCAGCAAGUGGGCUAUAUGUUGCGCACGAAACUGAGUGAUGCUGAUGAAGGUGGUGUCGCUGCUGGAUCAGGGGCCCUCGAUAGCCCCUAUCUGAUACAGUGAGACCAUAAAACUAGGAAUUCAGGUAUCCCAUAUGUUGAUGGUUCUGUCUGCGGAAUAGUGCACAGAUUUAACAGAAGUAUUUCCGUGUACUGUGGCAUAAGUCUAAUCUGGUCACUGAUGUAUGUAUGUCCUGUUUCACUACAGAAAUGUACAUUAUUUUUGUAUAAUUUAAUGUAAUACUGAUUGUAACACCGUUGUAGAUUUAACAUACGUGUACAUUGUCUCUUGUUUGUGAGACGCGGUCUAGAGUGUUCUUGUACGUUGUGUAUAUAAUUUACACUUUUGUACAUUCCACUGUUGUGAGAUUCUCUGUAUUUUAAAACAUGUGUAAUGUAAUACUUUUGAAAUGAAGGAAAGUGUAUUAUGCAUAUA